UACGCGGCGUGGCGCGAACUGCUGUGGGGUCGGGCUGGGGCAGCGGCAGCGAUCGGGAUGGAUCUGGCAGUGGCGGCCGUGGGGGGCGCGGGCGCGGCGCCGCAGCACCAGCAGGUCCGCGAUGAGGUGGCCGAGAAGUGCCAGAAGUUGUUCUUGGACUUCCUAGAGGAGUUCCAGAACAGCGAUGGGGAGGUCAAGUACCUGCGAGAUGCUGAGGAGCUGAUCCGGCCGGAGCGGAACACGCUGAUCGUCAGCUUUGCGGAUUUGGAGCAGUUCAAUCAGCAGCUCUCUACCACUAUUCAGGAGGAAUUUUACAGGGUUUAUCCAUACCUGUGUCGAGCAACAAAGGCUUUUGCCAGAGACCACGGAAAUGUUCCUGCAAACAAGGAUUUUUAUGUUGCAUUCCAGGACCUGCCUACCAGACACAAAAUUCGAGAACUGACUUCAGCAAAGAUUGGCUCCCUGCUGCGCAUCAGUGGGCAGGUGGUUCGUACCCACCCCGUCCAUCCCGAGCUGGUCAGUGGAACCUUCCUGUGCCUCGACUGCCAGACAGUGAUCAAAGAUGUGGAGCAGCAGUUCAAAUACACCCAGCCAAACAUCUGCAGAAACCCAGUCUGUGCCAACAGAAGGAGAUUCCUGCUGGACACAAACAAAUCAAGAUUUGUUGAUUUCCAAAAGGUGCGCAUCCAGGAGACGCAGGGGGAGCUGCCGCGCGGCAGCAUCCCGCGCAGCCUGGAGGUGAUCCUGCGUGCAGAGGCCGUGGAAUCCGCCCAGGCCGGUGACAAAUGUGACUUCACCGGCUCACUGAUCGUCGUGCCUGACGUGUCCCAGCUCGCCACACCAGGGUUGCGUGCAGAAACCGGCUCGCGGGUGACGGGGACAGAGGGCUACGAAACCGAAGGCAUCCGGGGGCUGCGCGCCCUCGGCGUCCGGGAGCUCUCCUACAAACUCGUCUUUCUGGCUUGUUAUGUGGCACCCACAAACCCACGGUUUGGUGGAAAAGAGCUCAGAGAUGAAGAACAGACUGCAGAAAGCAUUAAAAACCAAAUGUCUGUGAAAGAGUGGGAAAAGGUUUUUGAAAUGAGCCAAGAUAAGAAUCUUUACCAUAAUCUGUGCACCAGCCUCUUCCCUACUAUCCAUGGUAAUGAUGAAGUAAAACGCGGGGUCCUGCUGAUGCUCUUUGGAGGAGUUCCCAAGACCACUUCAGAGGGCACUUCAUUGCGUGGGGACAUCAAUGUCUGUGUUGUUGGUGAUCCAAGCACAGCCAAGAGUCAGUUCCUAAAGCACGUGGAUGAGUUCAGUCCCCGUGCUGUGUACACCAGUGGCAAAGCCUCCAGCGCUGCGGGUCUGACGGCGGCUGUGGUGAAGGAUGAGGAGUCCCACGAAUUUGUCAUUGAGGCUGGAGCACUGAUGCUGGCAGAUAACGGUGUUUGUUGCAUUGAUGAAUUUGACAAGAUGGAGGUGCGGGAUCAAGUAGCCAUUCAUGAGGCCAUGGAACAGCAGACAAUAUCCAUUACUAAAGCUGGAGUGAAGGCUACUCUGAAUGCCAGGACCUCCAUUUUGGCUGCAGCAAACCCAGUUGGUGGCCGCUAUGACAGAUCCAAGUCACUGAAACAAAAUAUCAACCUGUCAGCUCCCAUCAUGUCCCGCUUUGAUCUCUUCUUCAUCCUCGUGGAUGAGUGUAAUGAGGUGAUAGAUUACGCCAUUGCCCGGCGCAUCGUGGAUCUGCACUCCAGAGUGGAGGAGUCUGUUGACCGUGUCUAUUCCUUGGAUGAUAUCAGAAGAUAUCUACUGUUUGCAAGACAGUUUAAACCAAAGAUAUCCAAGGAGUCUGAGGACUUCAUAGUGGAGCAGUACAAGCGGCUGCGGCAGCGCGAUGGCUCCGGAGUGGCCAAGUCGUCCUGGAGGAUCACAGUGAGGCAGCUGGAGAGCAUGAUCCGCCUCUCUGAGGCCAUGGCCCGCAUGCACUGCUGUGAUGAGGUUCACCCAAAACAUGUGAAGGAAGCUUUCAGGCUUUUAAAUAAGUCCAUCAUUAGAGUUGAGACUCCUGAUGUCAAUUUAGACCAAGAUGAUGACCAGCAAAUGGAGGAUCAAGAGGACCAAGAUGGAGUCAAUGGUGAGGCAGAAGCUCCAGCUGGGGUCAAUGGCCUUGUGAAUGGGAUCAAUGGCCAUUCUGAGGAUGUGAGCAAGGAUGCUGCACCCAAAGCUUCUCUCAGGCUGGGCUUCUCUGAGUACCGACGCAUUUCUAAUCUCCUGGUGCUGCACCUCAGGAAAGCAGAGGAAGAAGAGGACGAUGCAGCACUAAAGAGGAGUGAACUUAUUAAUUGGUAUCUAAAGGAAAUUGAAUCUGAAAUCGAAUCUGAAGAAGAACUAAUUAAUAAAAAGAAGAUCAUAGAGAGAGUCAUUCACCGACUUACACAUUAUGACCACAUUCUGAUCGAACUGUCCCAGUCAGGACUGAGAGGAUCCAGAGAAGAGGAGACUUUUGAUGAUGAUCCAUACCUGGUUGUCAACCCCAACUAUCUGCUGGAGGACUGAGGGCUGAGCUCUAACCAUUGUAGAGCUCCCUGGUUACAAGCUGGGAAAUGCAUUCUUUCCUUGCAGGGCUUGCUGUGUGGCUCAUUGCUUAAAUUCCUCUGCCUGUGCCAGAGUGUGCUCAGUAAUGUGGGAUUUCUCACUUACACUGAGCACACCUGGAAAGCUUUUAAAGACAUCCCACACAUGUAUUAGUUCCACUGUUAGCUCUGAAUUUCAGUGCCAUCAUCUGGAUGCAGAGGAGAAUCAUCCAAUAGCUAUUUUCAUCAUCAAGCUAUGUAGAUGUUUCUAUUUUAAAUAAGAUUGAUUUUACAUUGUUCUUCUGUAGUAGACAUUUUAUGCUAUAAGUUUUUACUGUUUUUCUUAUUAACAUAAAUAAAAGCUCAUUAAAUGUCUGGGGGUGGGUUUGUUGUUACUCACAUGUG